CUUCGGUAUAAUAUGUUUGUUUUCGUCUCGGAGUCUGCGAUAUUAAAUUUAAUAGGAAUCUAAACUAAUUUGGAGACUAAGAUAAAAAAUGAGUUCCAAAAAACAAGCUGUGAACAAGAUAAAAUCACUAUGCUACCUGACCCUAGGUGGAUCUGUAGCUUAUCAAUGCAUUUACUUCAAGAAAGAUUUUAAUGGUUACUAUGACAAAGUUCUUCAACCUGCAAGUCAGUUUAUAGAUCCAGAAUGGGCACAUAAAAUUGGUGUAUCGGCUUUAAAAUAUGGUCUAUUUCCUCGUGAAUCUUAUGAAGAUCCAAAUAUUCUACGUACAAAAUUUCUUCAAUACGAAUUAAGUAACCCUAUUGGUAUAGCAGCAGGAUUCGACAAACACGGUGAUGCUGUGCUGCCACUGAGAACUAUUGGUUUUUCUGUUGUGGAAAUUGGUUCAGUGACACCAGAAGCUCAACCUGGCAAUCCAAAACCUAGAGUUUUUCGACUACCUGAAGACAAGGCUGUAAUCAACAGAUAUGGAUUUAACAGUGAAGGACAUGAUGAAGUAUUGAAAAAACUAAAUAGUUUAGACAAGACUCUCUUAGAAAAGGGACUUCUAGGCAUAAAUCUAGGAAAAAAUAAACUUUCUGAUAAUGCCACUGAGGACUAUGUACAAGGAAUCAAGAAGUUUAGCAAUGUUGCAGAUUAUUUUGUUAUAAAUAUUAGCAGUCCCAACACUCCUGGAUUAAGGUCAUUACAAAAUAAGGAAGAACUCAAAGAACUGCUAACUGGAGUAAACAAAGUUCGGCAAUCAAUAUCUGGCAAUAAACCACCGCUACUACUAAAACUUGCUCCAGACCUAAGCACGGAGGAAAUGAAAGAUAUUGUGUCUGUUAUCACAAGAAAAGAGAGUGCUGUUGAUGGGCUUAUUAUAUCCAAUACAACAAUUGAUAGGUCAUCUCUUUUAAACAAAGAGUUUUCAAAUGAAACAGGUGGUCUUAGUGGAAAGCCGUUGUCAAAUAAGUCCACUGAAAUGAUAAAAAAUAUGUAUAAGUUAACAAAAGGAAAAAUACCUAUAAUAGGGGUUGGUGGAAUAUUCAAUGGCCAAGAUGCUUUUGAAAAAAUUCUAGCAGGUGCUAGCAUAGUACAAAUAUACACAGCCCUAAUAUAUCAUGGGCCUCCAGUGGUGACCAAAAUCAAAACCGAAUUGGCUGAUUUACUUGAAAAAAAUGGAUAUAAAAAUGUAAAUGAAGCAGUUGGUAAAGGAGUACAAUAGAUUAAGAUAAGUUGAAUGGUAAAUUAUGUAUAUCAGAAAACCAGAUAGAAAUUUCACAAACAUCUAAAAUGCAAUUCCAAUACAGUAAAUGAGACUAAGUGAUACACUAAGUUAAUAGGACAUAGAAUGAAGAUUAAAAAGUACAAACUAUUAUAGUAACUGCAAUAAUUUAUUUGAAUAGAAUAAA